GAGACUGUGACCAUCUCGAUCCGACGUCCUAUCGACGACCCCAUCUACCUGGCCGGCACCUUCUCCGACCCUCAAUGGGAACCCGUCGAGCUCAGCUCCAAGCCCGUCGACACCGAACCCGAUGAGGACGGACUUAUCUCCACCGAAUAUCUCUUCUGGCACGAUCUGACCCUGCCUCCCGGCCAACAUCAGUACAGAUUCCGUGAGGGGAAAAAGGGCCCCUGCUGGAGGAGCCUGUCACUAACGGCAGCACCGCGACCACUAAGGUCAAUGGAACCGAGACUCCAACCUCUGAGAAGGAAGAAGCCGCCGCCACGCAGACCCAAGAAGCUC